AUGUCUUCCGGCUCAGAGUUUCCAUCACAUCAUUAUGCUGAAGCUAAAAAGAAAUGGUUAGGUUCACAACUCAUUGUUGAACCAACCAUAUUGAGAGUUUUGGCUAAUGGUGAUUUGAUCAAAGGUCGUCGUGUACUAGAUGCUGGUUGUGGAUCAGGAAUAGUUACUUGCAAACUGCUAGAGUGGGGAGCCAAAGAGGUUGUCGGAUUCGAUAAAUCAUCUGAUAUGGUGGCGAAAUGCAAAGCAAAUUAUCAGAAUGAGAAUCUGAGUUUCGUUCAAAGUUCUUUGAAUGACUUCGAAUAUGAAGACGGCAAAUUCGAUGUUGCCGUUUCCUUCUUUGUUUUGCAAUUCGUUGAGACAGAAGUUCUGGAGGAUUCAAUCAAGAAUAUAUAUGAUGCUCUGAAUGACGAUGGAAUCUUCGUAGGAAUCAUUCCUAAUGGUGUUCCUGAUUACAAUCCUAUAGCUGAAGAAGGGCAGAAGUUCGGAGCAGCUUGUGAGGUCACUGAAAGACCAUUAUAUGAUGGCCAAAAACUUCCGAUCCACUAUUAUGACAAUGACGAAGUUGUCGCCUCAUCUGAGAUCAUCUUCAGGUUUCGGGAUACGUACGAAGAGUAUUUCAAGAAAUGCGGCUUCAACAGAGUUGAGUGGGUAACACCUACGAUCAACCCAGAUGGUUUGGAAGAAUAUGGAGAAAAAUAUUUUCAUUCAUACCUCCAUCCGCCGAAAGAUAUCGCUUUCCGUGUUUUCAAGUAG